GCUCCGGGUGUGCUUCCGGGCUGGUGGAGGCGUGACGUCAGGAAGAGGGCAGGCUCUCCUGGGACACUCCUGCACUCUCUGGAGGCUCCGCAUCAGGUUGCAACUCAGAACUAUUGUGAACUUCAAGAAAUAAGAAGAUCCAAGCGACACAGCCACAUCUUUACAGAACAGCCCGCGUGCGGCCUCUGAGGCUCCACAGGAGGGCACGUCUCACUGCGUGCGCGUUGACCAGGCCAAUUUCACAGUUGCAGCCUUGCUAGUGAGGGACCUGUAAGCAGCUCCCAGAUGGGUGAAAGGAAAGGCCAGAACAAAUACUAUCCCCCGGACUUCAACCCCGAAAAGCAUGGCUCUCUCAACCGAUACCACAACAGCCACCCACUUCGAGAACGGGCUCGGAAGCUAUCACAAGGCAUCCUUGUUAUCCGAUUUGAAAUGCCAUACAACAUCUGGUGUGACGGCUGUAAGAACCACAUCGGCAUGGGUGUGCGCUACAAUGCAGAAAAGAAGAAAGUUGGCAAUUAUUACACGACUCCAAUCUACAGGUUCAGGAUGAAAUGCCACCUCUGUGUCAACUACAUCGAGAUGCAAACAGACCCUGCCAACUGUGACUAUGUCAUCGUGAGUGGUGCCAGUCGCAAGGAGGAGCGUUGGGACAUGGAAGACAACGAGCAGGUGCUGACCACAGAGCAUGAGAAGAAAGAGAAGCUGGAGACGGAUGCCAUGUUCCGCCUAGAGCAUGGUGAGGCUGACCGCAGCACGCUGAAGAAGGCCCUCCCCACACUCUGCCACAUCCAGGAGGCACAGAAUGCCUGGAAGGAUGACUUUGCUCUGAAUAGCAUGCUGCGGAGGCACUUCCGGGAGAAGAAGAAAGCCAUGCAGGAGGAGGAAGAGAAGGACCAGGCACUGCAGGCAAAAGCCAACCUAGCCAUCCCUCUUGUGCCAGAGUCAGAGGAUGACCGCAGGCUGGCUGCCCUGCUGAGGCUGCACACCCUGGACUCAUAUGAGGACAAGCAGCGAAUGAAGCGGACGGAGAUCAUCCACCGCUCUUGGUUCCCCUCAGCCCAGGGACCCGGUGCUAGCAACAGCAAAGCGAGCAGCGUCCUGAAGAAGCUGUGCCAGGGCCGCAGACCACCCCCCAGCAGCACAGGCACAGUGGGGGACCUGGGCAUAGUGAGGAGAAAGUCUCGAGACAUUCCAGAAAGUCCUCAGUGUGCAGCAGACAACCCCUUGUCAGAAGAACAAAGAGGGCCACCAGGAACCACCCAGGACAGCAAGACAUCAGAAUCUAAGAGAAACUGUAGUGAUCAGGCCUUGCCCCUAGGUUCCUCCCAGGAGGACCUGCUGCACCCCAGCACCCCCAACGCCUCCCUGGUGGCUGACUACUCUGACUCGGAGAGCGAGUGAGGGGCAGAAUUCCAGGACCAGAAGCCACGGCGUGCCCAGACCUUAGGGACUGGCUCAUUGCUGCCAGCCCAGACACACUUACCUUCCUGUACAGAUUAUUAUUUAUUUGGUUUUGGUGAGAGUGCCUGUGCCUUGAUGUAACCCUGAUACCUGAGCAUUAAAGUGCUGUUCUUUGUC